CCCCGCCCGGCUCUCCGGGUUCACUCUCGGUCUCUCACUUCGUGAGACACAGACGGCAGCUUUCCGAGAGAGCCGGGGACAGGCUGAGGCGUCACCAGCACAACUGUCGCGGCUCGUCCCGAGAAGACCUGGGGUCGGGCAGAGAAGGAGCUCCAUCCCCUCUCCUCGCGGGGUGUUCCUUCAGCCGCCCAGCCGCCCGGCGCCCCCGCGCGACUCCCUCCGCGACCGCUUCGCGGGGCGUGCCAGGACUCGGGGGACGGCGCUCGGGAAGAGCCAGGGCGGGAGGCGGCAGCGGCGGCCCCGGAGCGAGGGUGCGCACCCUGGGGCUGGAGAGGAGUGAGUGGCGGGCUGGGCGGCCGCGGCGGCAACAGUCGCGGGUAUUUCCCUGCGUUUCCGGGCCGCGGCCGCUGGCCGGGUCCUCUGCGCGUUCUCGGGCCCGGGGCCGGCGCACGAUGCGCCCGGUCGCCUUCUGGUAGCCUCCGCGCCGCCGCCUCCGCCGCGAUGAUCCCUCCCGAGCCACCACAGCAGCAGCUGCAGCCGCCGCCGCCGCCAGCCCCGCCGAACCAUGUGGUGACCACGAUCGAGAACCUGCCGGCUGAGGGCAGCGGCAGCGGCGGGAGCCUGUCCGCCUCCUCCCGGGCCGGCGUGCUCCAGAGGAUCCGCAAAGUGCUGAACAGGGAGAUGUUAAUCUCGGUGGCUCUGGGCCAGGUGUUGUCCCUCCUUAUUUGUGGAAUUGGCUUGACCAGCAAGUACCUGUCAGAAGAUUUCCAUGCCAAUACUCCCGUCUUCCAGAGUUUCCUCAAUUACAUCCUUCUCUUCUUGGUCUAUACCACCACACUAGCCGUCAGACAAGGAGAAGAAAACCUCCUGGCAAUUUUACGAAGAAGAUGGUGGAAAUAUAUGAUCCUGGGACUCAUAGACCUGGAAGCAAAUUACCUGGUGGUCAAGGCUUACCAGUACACGACUCUCACCAGUAUCCAGCUCCUGGACUGCUUUGUGAUCCCAGUGGUGAUUUUGCUCUCCUGGUUCUUCCUGCUGAUCCGGUACAAGGCUGUGCACUUCGUCGGCAUUGUCGUCUGCAUCCUUGGAAUGGGCUGCAUGGCGGGGGCCGAUGUGCUUGUGGGGAGGCAUCAGGGAGCAGGGGAAAAUAAGCUGGUUGGGGACCUUCUGGUCUUAGGAGGAGCCACGCUUUAUGGUAUCUCUAAUGUCUGGGAAGAAUACAUCAUCCGAACCCUGAGCCGAGUGGAAUUCCUGGGUAUGAUUGGACUCUUCGGGGCAUUUUUCAGUGGCAUUCAAUUAGCUAUCAUGGAGCACAAGGAGCUGUUAAAGGUGCCCUGGGACUGGCAAAUAGGACUGCUGUAUGUUGGCUUUAGUGCUUGCAUGUUUGGUCUGUACAGCUUCAUGCCAAUCGUCAUAAAGAAAACCAGCGCUACUUCUGUCAACCUCUCUCUGCUCACAGCUGAUCUGUACAGCCUAUUCUGCGGAUUGUUCCUCUUCCACUACAAGUUUUCAGGACUUUACCUCCUGUCUUUCUUCACCAUCCUCAUUGGGCUGGUGCUGUACUCCUCCACCUCCACAUACAUAGCCCAGGACCCCCGGGUAUACAAGCAGUUUCGCAAUCCUUCGGGACCCGUCGUGGACUUACCAACCACAGCUCAGGUGGAACCUUCAGUCACCUACACCAGCCUGGGCCAGGAGUCCGAAGAAGAGCCGCACGUCCGCGUGGCCUAGGAUGAGGCCGCCUGCCCGCUGAGGACCACUCAGGGGCCAUGUGUCCGCCCAACAUCUCUGUAUUGUACAUAGAGAAAGGUAUUUACUAGGUGCAGUCUACGCAGGUGGACUGCAAGGUAGCAAACCCAAAAGCCUGGAAAAGGACCAAGGGAUGCAUCACUGGAGACGCAGGCUCGGAUCCACCCGACUUGGAGAGAUGCCUCUCUAGUGUGUGUCCUGAUCGCGAACCCCCUGCAUCAAUUACUGUGAAAAGUUUUGAAUCAAAAGCAAGUGUUAUUAUGAUUUGUAUUAUCAUUGUUACUGUUAUCACAUCGAUUUUCGGGAGGAUGUUUUGUACUCCCGAUGCGAACUAUUGCCAGACCCGUGUGUAGUUCACAUAAAUCCCACUUUUCUAUGGCAGGCCACUUUUUAAGAAUCACACUUUAUUUUUUUGCACAGACUGAGUGAUGCAUGCCACAGGAACUCCACCCCUGAGACAUUUCCUUAUCCUAGGGACCCGGUGGCUCGUGGUUUCCUCUGUCACCUGUUGGAUUGCCUGCUCAAUAUGUAUUUUGUGCUGUGACCCCUGUGGGGAGGGGCAACUGACCAUAUAAUGCUCUAUUCUAGGAAUAGAUAUAAAACAAACACUUUAGCCUUUUUAUAUUUCAGUCUCUGAUUACUCCAGGCCAUUACCUUUCUGUUGUGCCACAUGAUUCUGCUAAUCAAGUCCCUGUAAUAAAAGUAUAAGGAAUAUUCCAUUUAUGUUGCUUAUGGGAAACCCCAGAAAUAAUAUCAUAUGUGUUUAGGGUAAUUUAUAUAUAUAUAUCUGCCCCUCCUAUAUCCUCUCUUUGAAAAAUAUAUUCUGUUUUCCUUCUCUUAGAUUUUUUUAGAUAAUGUGGAUAUUGCUCAAGGCAUUUGAAAAAGCCCCAGUCCUCUCCCCUCUUAAUUGUGCAACACUUUUUGAAAUACACCAGCAUGGAAAUUACCUCUAUUGUGGAGCAUCUUUGGUUGGGCCACCGCCUACCACAGCCAACGCGCUGAUGCGGAGCAGUCUCCGAAAAUACCUCACCUGACCUGGCCGCUUUGUGGUGGUAAAGAUGUCACUGUUGUAAAAGUCUGACAUUUUGGUUAUAUUUGACACCCAUUCAGUAGCCUAAUAUAUUAAGACACAACAAAGAGUAUUACAGGGUCCUGAUAAGGCUUCGCCUCAUAUGCCACUGGUCUAAUUUUGUUGCCCUUAAAAUAACCCUUCUUUUCAAACACAGGAAAUCAACAAACACCACCGACCUGUAUAAUUUAACAUAGAUUCUACCUGUUAGUAUAUGAAAUAUUUACCUUUGGUUGCUUUCAGUAUCAUUCAAAAAGAUCCUUGAUGGAGUCACAGGACUUGUAAAGAAAAAAAAUAAAUAAAUGUGUAAGAAACUUUGGGAAAUUCACAUCAUCACAUCUUAAGCAAGAAAGCAAAGUGAAACAACAGUGGGGUCUCUAAACCAGAAAGAGCAGGGUGGGGGGACCCAUCCUCAGAGAUGGGGAAGAAAAAGUAUCUUCUCUAACAUGCAGAUUUCACAGUCAUCUGAGCUUAACCCCCUUAGAACCAAGUUUUAUUUUCUGUGUGGAAUAAAGUUUAAUGCUAAAGCUAUAUCAAAUCUAAACAACUUCACCAACCUCUGCUCUCUGCUACCUUUUAAACCAAUUAAAUACCUUUCUCUGAUAUUUUUGUCCAUUCAGAUCCGAAGACCUUUAAAGACUGUGGUUUUAUUUUUGUGUUUACAUUCCUUUGGUUUGUGUAAUUUGCUUGAUUUGUUGCAUUUUUAGUAUUUAUUUUAAGCCAAAUGUUAUAGUCUUUUUUAUUCAGUUUUAUGAUACUAAUUUGUAGACGCUUAGUAAAGUCUUUUGAGAAACAAGUGGAUGAAAGUAUUGCCAAGUCCUUUCAGUGGACUGGGGAUUUUUUUUAAAUUUAAAUUUCAAAAAGGUUUGCAAUCAACAGAUGGCUAAAAGUUGCCAUCUGAAUUAUUUUAUAGGAUAUUUUAAUUGACUCCAUUGUACGGAAGCCAAGUUGAAUGUUAGGAUGAAUUCACUUUUUACCCUUUAUCAUCCAUUGUCUUUGCACAUGAUUUUCAUGUCUCUGGGGUACCUCACCGUGUGGUUUGUCUCCAUUUAGAAAGUUGAUAACAUAUUGACUUGUCUGAGAUCAGGCGUUCCAGAUUGACCCCUCAGAAAAAAAAGACAAUGGCGAAGGACAAAUUUUCUUUUUCUGUGUGAAAGCAUUGAUCCUUUGGGGGCAGGGCAGGAAAUGGGAGUGGGACAACAUUAACUCUAGCUGUUUUAGUUUCUGAAAUUGCAUAACCUCAGUAGACACCAGCAAAAAAAUUCAGCAUUGAAAUCCACCGCCACUCUCCUCAACAAUGAGACUUCAGCAAUUUGUAUAGAAUUCGAUUGGGGACACCAACCACAGCUUUCCUACCCACCAACUCCCUGCCUUGGUCCCACCUUCCCACAGCUUCAAACUCUGAAAUACUCAACCAGGUAGGCCAAGCAAUGGAAAAAUUCGCACCAUUGUGUCCCAUGAAAAUGUUUCAAUGUUUAGUUUAGAUAUUGCUAACUUGUGCUAUUAACCUUUUGACAAGUAUGUAGUAUUCUUUGUUUUGGGUUUGUUUUUUGAUUUAUAACAGUUAGUAGUUCCCAGCUAGUUACCAGUACAAAUUUUACCCCAUGGGUAGGAUUCUAUUGUUAAGCCACAUAAUAAAGCACACUAAUCCUGACAGUGCAAAUGGGAAAUAUGAACCAAAAGAGCAAUUUACACCGAUAGGUUGAACAAUCUCUCCACUUUUGAUAUUUGCAUGCUCCCCUCUGGACUGGCUGUGGCAAUGUAAUGCCUGUAUAAUGUUUUCAAAUAAAAAUAAAUGCUUUAUGAAAGCACA